ACGCUCGCUCGCGGCGGAUCGUUCGAUUGAACCAGCUCGCACAUUCAUUUGGUAUUCGUUGGGCAUUCGUUGAGCAUUCACUAUGAUGCUGGCGCAGAGCAUAAGGCGCGCCAUUUCGCAGCUGACGCCCCCGAUGUGCCGCCCGCUGAGCGCACGCAUCGUGGACAAGGUUAACAUUGAGGUGCAGCCGGCGCAGUCCGGAGCUGAGGCUGGGACUGGGGCUGGGGCCGCGGCGCUGACCUUUCCCGGGGUCUGGCUGCGCGACAAUUGCCGCUGCCCGGCGUGCUACCACAGCAGCUCGCAGUCGCGGCAAUUGGACUGGAACCACUUCGAUCCGGGCGUGCAUCCGCUGGCGCUGCACGUGGACGCUGCCAAGGAGCAGCUGUAUGUGCGCUGGAGCGAUGCGCACGAGAGCAGCUACGAGCUGGACUGGCUGCGACGCCACAGCUUUGAUGGGCAGAGCCAAAGCGCCUACCUGAACGACUUCUAUCGGCCACGGACAAGCCACUGGGCGGGUGCCCAGUUUGAGCAGAUAGCGCAGCGCUUCAGCUACGACCAGGUGAUGGCCGAGGAUGAGGCACUGCAGCACUGGCUGCAGGCGCUCGCCGUCUACGGCGUGGUGCUGCUCAACGGCGCGCCGCUGGACGAGGGCGUGGUGCGUCGACUGGCGGAGCGUGUGGGCUUCAUACGACGCACCACAUACGGCGAGGAGUUCAUAGUGCAGGCCAAGCCGGGCGCCAAGAAUUACGCAUACCUCUCGCUGCCGCUGCCACUGCACACGGAUCUGCCCUACUACGAGUACAAGCCCAGCGUGAACCUGCUUCACUGCGUGGUGCAGACGCAGUCGCGCGGCGGCAGCAAUCUGCUCGUGGAUGCCUAUCACAUAGCGGACCGUCUGCGGCAGGAGCAGCCGGAGCACUUCGAGCGGCUCAGUCGCACGCCCGUCGACUGGAACGACAUUGGCAGCGAGGACGGACGCGAGUUCCACAACAUUUGGCGUGCGCCCGUCAUCUGCCUGGACGCCGCCGGCGACUACACGCGCAUUAACCACAGCGUGCCGCAGCGGGACAGCCACUUCAAUGUGCCGCUGGCCCAGGUGCUGCCCUGGUACGAGUCCUAUGCGCGAUUUGUGCAGAUGGCACGCGCCGAUGCGCACUCCUUCAAGACGCAGCCCGGCGAUGUGUUGACCUUUAACAAUCUGCGGCUGCUCCAUGGCCGCACCGGCUAUGAUGACACCGCGGACAAUUCGCGUUACAUUGUGGGCGCCUAUCUGGACUGGGAUAUCAUAUAUUCGCGGCUGCGCGUGCUCAAGCAGCGCCUGAACAAAGCCUCCGGCACGGCAGCUGCUUAAAUGUGCCAAUAAAAAAGUUAAAAAAAAAAAAA